AUGAAGGUGGUGAUCAUAAACACCCAGUAUGUGGAGACCGACGCCACAAGCUUCAAGUCAGUUGUUCAGAAACUGACCGGUAAAGAUUCUGUGGUUUCUGACUACUCCUCUGAUCAUCCGAUGAAGAACAUCGUCAGCUGUCCACAUCAUAGUAGAUUAGGAUUAGGAGGAGCCAUCUUGGAGAGGAACUGGUCAAUCAAGGAGUUCGAUCGACUGCUCAAGGAGAUGCCACCCGUGGACGAACUGUCUCGGCUAUGGGAUUGA